AACCAGCUCGCGCACAUAGGCCUGGCUUGUUUAUUACCUAUGUUCCCUGUUUCCGCAUAGUUUCCACAGUCUCGGGGAGGUUUUUAUUCGGCUGAGGACUUUUGUGACCACACAGCAGAAUAUGUGGACAGAAGAAGACCCCACACGUGGUCAAUUUGGAGUGACCACUGACGGAAACUUCACUUCCCUGUGCCCUAAUGGGUCCAAGUGGGUUUGGGAGGGACUUGGAGAAUGUGCCCAAGAUGCCAGGGAUAUGGCCAGCGUCUACCUAGGCCUCCUGUCCAUCCUCUGCUUCAUGGUGUCUUCACUUCCACAAUAUUACAGCUCGUGUAGAACAGGGAAUAUGGACAGUGCCCUCUCCAUUUGGUUUCUGCUGCUGUGGUUGGGAGGUGACACCUGCAAUCUGGUGGGCUCCUUCUUGGCCGACCAGCUUCCACUUCAGACAUAUACAGCCAUUUAUUACGUCAUAGCUGACUUGGUGAUGCUGGGAAUGUACUUGUACUACAAGAUGAGGAACAGAAUGGCUGAAAGCAGGAGGGUUUUGCUUGUGGUUGGUGUAACCUGUCUCCUCGGUUUCACCACAAGGCUCGCCAACCUCCCCGGGCUCGGCACCCAACAGGAAGUUAUUCCGUCUGGGUUCAGAAGUCGCACCUUGCUCUCAACCUCUGACAGUAAUCAUAUCAAGGCUUUUACCCCUAAAGAGAUUAUUGGUUUCUCCAUUGGCUCAGUGUCGUCAGUGCUUUACCUCUGCUCCAGACUUCCCCAGAUGUACACUAAUUUCAAGAGGAAGUCGACAGAAGGAGUUUCUUACUUCCUGUUUGCGCUGGUCAUACUGGGAAACACUACAUAUGGUCUGAGUGUCCUGCUUAAGAACCCCGAUUGGGACCAGAGCGAGAGCAGCUACAUAGUCCAUCACUUGCCCUGGCUCAUCGGCAGCCUCGGCACCCUCUCCUUGGACCUCAUUAUCUCUGUCCAGUUCAUGAUUUAUCGCAAAGCUAAUGCAGAGGUGGACGGGAACACCGAUGAGACAACGCCUCUUAUUGUGAACUAAACCAACAAACCCAGAGUGUACCGGUGGGACACAAACAGACACUCACUUCAAGUGAACCCUCAAAAUCACAUUUCCAACCCAAAUCAGGAUGAAACAAAAAAAAAAUUGUACAUUUUAGUUUGAUUUUAUAGUACUAUUUAUUAUGCUGUACUUGUUUACUAUGUGUUUUUAUCUGUUAAAGUACUGUGACAGGUGAAGUUCUUCACUUGGGUUCCGCUGCAGUGACGUGAUUCACGCUGCUCUUAAUGUUCGAGUUUUAAAGGGACUAUUGAGGGUUUCAGGUGUCUGACAUGGAUGGAAACUCCUGAACCCCUCCUGAUUUUUAGGUCACAAACUUAAUUUGAUGUCACACCUCAUAUAGAUUUCAGAAACCUGCUGGCUGGGGCAACCAAAGCUCACAGAGAUUUCUCUAAAUUUAUUGAGGUGUUUUUAAGUUGCCAAACACUUUGACGGUUAUGACAGUAACCACUGCGUGAAGCCUCAUCUUGUUACAGUGAUGUGUCUGUCUGAUCGGAAUAGAAGAAAUGUUUUGGAAAACAUUUCUAAGUGUAAAUUGUAAUUAGUCAAUUUUUAAUGGAUGUUUACAACAAGUGCUGUGAUCAACAAAAGUGAGAAUUUAUGUUUUUUUUGUUCAUGUUAGAUAUCUGUUAAUUGUAGUUGUAUAAUUUUUGUUUUACAUUUUAAUUUUUUUCUAAAUCUCAACUCUCGACCAGUUUAGUUUGCACUGGUGAUUUAAGUCACUUAAAGGUUCUAUAUGCGACAUUCAGAACAUUAAUAGAGCAGCAAACCACUAUUUAUUUUAGUGGAGUAAUGGCGUCCUGAGCAGAGAAUGAAGCCAUGCUUCCUCUGUGUGUGUUUUAACUAAGCUCCUCUGUUUGCAAGUGAGUGCCUGUGUGUGUGUGCCACUGGUUAGCUCAUCAGCGCUUUUCUGCAUUGCACUCAUGCGACAGCUACGGGCGAUUACUGCCGAUAACGGCAACUGUAUUGACGAAAAAGCAUAGUGCCCACCCUCCAGCAAAGUCCUGGUGAUUCAUGGGUGGUAUUUUGUCUUAAUUUUGUUUCUGGGUUCAGUUCUGGGUGAAACAAAGAACAUGCAGUUCAGGUUGCAGAUUUUGGAUGAUAAAUACAUUAAAGUAAAGUUAAGUAAAAUAAAAAUAAUCUAUAUUUUUAAAACUAAGUUUAUUGAAAAUAAUUUAAUGUUUUGGCAUUUUAAUCCUCUACUGACUUUGCAUCCUUCUGUCAUCUGCACAAUCUGUGAUAUGAGUCGCUUCAGUCAGGUGCGUUACUAACAGGCACGUUAACUGUGGAGAUGUGCUGCUCAGUAUUUUAAUAAUAAGCAAAAAAAAUUAAUUUACACUGGAUAUAAUCGUCAAUUAAACUGCGCUGUAGAGCCUCUACCAAGUCUCCUCUUUAUGCCUUUUUUUGCGUUUUAUACAGAACUAAACAAUGGCGGCAUCAUGCCACUCCAGUGUGUGAUUAUAGACAGCAUGCCAGCUUUUUGAAACCAAAAGAGGCUUGACGUCUCACACAACAGGGUCAGCCUGUAGUGUGACAUACGCGUGCCUGCUGGCCGCAUUCUCUAAACAAUAACAAGUGCAUUACAUGACAUUAACAAUCAUGUAUCAUCUCUGUAAAUUUGCGGCUGACCUCAUCCUCUGCUCAGAGGGUAAGGAGCUCUUCAGUGUAAUUGUAUUCCCAAUUUGUGGAAAUUUUCACCUACUGUUCUUAUUCUUUCAGUUAACUGUUAACUGCUAUGACCUGCUUUUAAAAUAUCCCACAGUGGGUCGCAUGCAUAACACUUUGUCAAAGCAUCACACCCGUUGUGCCCAUUGUCCCAUCUUCCCGACUGUUGAUCCUACAUCUUCUACAGAACAGUGAGGCGGCAUAACUGCACAAUAUUCCCGCCAUGAACUAGCAGUGUAAAAGGUGCUGUAGUUUUACAUGUGUGAAAUGUCUCCAAAUGUUCACUUUAAACAUGCUGCUUAACUGAGUUAUUUUGAACAAAGCGUGGUUAUUGUAGGAUUUGCGGUUUUGGGUGGGGCAGUGGAUCUUGUACUGCACAUGCCGUUUAGAAGGCGGGUCUUGACAGCCCAAACCCUGCAGGACGCCCCCCCCGUCCCCCUCAGUCAAUACGUUAGUUCUUUCAGCACUGCUGUUACUGUCAGUAAUGUUUGCUCUGACAAUCUCGGCUCAGACCGAAUCAUAGAUAUGCUCUUAAUGUCGCAUACAGCUCCGUUAACUCAGAUUUUCACCAUCAUGUUUAAUUUACUUUUUGUUUUUAAUUCUCACGGUUUUGCACAACAAAAGUUGUUUUUUUUGUACUUUGAGAAAUAUUCCAUGUGUUCAGUCGGUCAGUGUGCUUUAAAGAUUAAACAAAGAAUAAUA